CCCUCCGCGGACGUCCAGUCGCCGGGCUGCUCCUCGCCCCGCCCCGUCAUUGUCCCCGCCGGACUCCCUUUCCGUCCCCCGUCCGUCCUCGGAGCUCUGAGAGUCGCUGGCUUCCCCCGCCGCCCCGCGUCUCUCCACCGUCGGCGGGCCAGCCUUGCGAGCAAGAUGGAGGGCUGCCUGGGGGAGGAAUCUUUUCAGAUGUGGGAGCUCAACCGGCGCCUGGAGGCCUACGUGGCGCGGGUCAAGGCGCUGGAGGAGCAGAACGAGCUGCUCGGCGCGGAGCUCGGGGGCCUCCGGGCGCAGACCGGGGACGCCUCGUGGAGGGCCCGCGCCGACGACGAGCUGGCGGCCCUGCGGGCGCUCGUCGACCUGCGCUGGCGCGAGAAGCACGCGGCCGAGGUGGCGCGCGACAACCUGGCGGAGGAGGUGGAGGGCGUGGCGGCCCGGUGCCAGCAGCAGCGGCGGGCGCGGGAGCGGGCGGCGGCCGAGGCGGCCCGCAGCCGGCGCGAGGCCGAGGCCGAGAAGGGCGCCCGGGCGCGGCUGAGCUCGCGGGCGGCGGAGCUGGAGCGGGAGCUGGAGGCCGUGUGCGCGGCGCACGAGCAGGAGCGCGCCGCCCUGAGCGCCCGGCCCCGCGCCCCCCGCCGCCCCGCCGCGCCCCGCGGGCCCCCCGCGCCGGCCCCCGAGCUGCACGAGCUGGCGCGGCGGCUGGGCGAGGCGUGGCGCGGGGCGGUGCGCGGCUACCAGGAGCGCGUGGCGCUCAUGGAGGCGUCGCUGGGCCAGGCCCGCGAGCGCCUGGGCCGCGCCGUGCAGGGCGCCCGCGAGGGCCGCCUGGAGCUGCGGCAGCUGCGGGCGGAGCGCGGCGGCCUCCGGGAGCGCCGGGCCGCGCUGGAGCACAGGUUGGAGGGCCGCUGGCAGGAGCGGCUGCGGGCCACCGAGCAGUUCCAGCUGGCUGUGGAGGCCCUGGAGCAGGAGAAGGAGAGCCUGCAGAGCCAGAUUGCCCAGGUCCUCGAAGGUCGGCAGCAGCUGGCACACCUCAAGAUGUCCCUCAGCCUGGAGGUGGCCACAUACAGGACCCUCCUAGAGGCUGAGAACUCCCGGCUGCAGACCCCCGGCAGUGGUUCCAAGGCUUCCCUCAGCUUCCAGGACCCUAAGCUGGAGCUGCAUUUCUCUGGGACGCCAGAGGGCCGGCAUCUGGGACCUUUGCUCUCUGCCCUGAGCCCUACUCCCCUCUCCUUGCCCUUGCCUGACACCCUGGAGACACCUGUGCCAGGCUUUCUGAAGAGCCAAGAAUUCCUCCCGGCCCGUACCCCAACCUUGGCCAGCACCCCCAUCCCGCCCACACUUCUGGCUCCCUGCGCUGUUACAGAUGCAGAGAUCAAAACCCAGGAUGCCCCCCUCUCCCUGCUCCAGCCGCAGCUUGGGAGGCAGUGGGCUCCAGAGGCCAUAUGGGCUAAAGCCAAGGACGCCAUCCCUACCAGCGUCCUGCCAGGACCAGAGGAACCCGGGGGUGAGCAACAAGAGGCCAGUACAGGCCAGUCCCCUGAGGAUCAUACCUCCUCAGCCCCACCCCUCAACCCUGACCGCCCUAGUUUAGAGGCCACAGGUGGAGAACCCAAUGGGUCUGGAAUGUCCAGCAGAUUCCAGGAGGAAGGUGAAGGGCAAAUUGGGGGGCUGGCAGAGAAAGAAACAGCCAUAGAGGUCAAAAUGGUGAACGGUCUGCAGCAGGAAACAUGGCAAGAAGAUGGGGGUCUGAACAUGAAGAAAGUCCAGGACUCCCAGGGUCCUUUGGAAAAAGAAACUCUGAAGUCUCUGGAAGAGGAAAUUCAAGAGCCACUGAUGUCUCUGGAAGAACAGACCCACGAGACACUGAGAUCUCUAGAGAAAGAGAAUCCAGAAUCUCUGCAGUCUUCAGAAGAAGAGAGUUUAGACACAUCAAAAGGUCUAGAAAAGGAGAAUCAAGAGCUCUUGAUGUCUUUAGAAGAAAAGAACGCAGAUGUAGUGAGACCUCAAGAAAAAGAGACUCUAGAACCACUUAAGCCUGUAGGAAAUGAGGACUCACAGACAUUGCAAUCUCUAGAAAAGGAGAAUCAAGAACUAAUGAGGUCUCUUGAAGGUACUCUAGAGACGUUUUUCCAUCCAGAGAAGGAAAGUCAAGAAUUAGUGAGGUCUCGAGAAGAGAACUUUGAGUCAAUGAGAGAUCUAGAAAAGGAGAACCAAGAGCCACUGAGAACUCUAGAAGAUGGGAAUCGAGAGAACUUGAGACUACAAGAAAGAGAGAACCAGGAGUUUCUGAACUCUCCAGAAGAUGAGAAGCACAAGAUCUUGAGAACUCUAGAAAAAGAGAACCAGGAACUACUGAGGUCUCUGGAAGAAGAGGACCAGGAGACAAUGAAGCCUCUGGAAAAAGAGAACCAAGAGCCAGUGAAGCCUCUAGAAGAUGAGAACCAGGAGACAAUGAGACCACUAGAAACAGAGAACCAGAGGUCCUUGAGAUCUUUAGAAGAAGAGGACCAGGAAACAAUGAGGCCUCUAGAAAAAGAGAACCAAGAGCCAGUGAAGUCUCUAGAAGAUGAGAACCAGGAGACAAUGAGACCACUAGAAACAGAGAACCAGAGGUCCUUGAGAUCUUUAGAAGAAGAGGGCCAGGAAACAAUGAAGCCUCUAGAAAAAGAGAACCAAGAGCCAGUGUGGUCUCUAGAAGACCAGGCAACAUUGAGACUUCUAGAAAAAGAGAACCAGAAGCCAGUGGGAUCUCUAGAUAAGAACCAGGAGACACUGAGACCUCUAGAAAUAGAGGACCAGGAGCCAGUGGGGUCUCUAGAAGAUGAGAACCAGGAGACAUUGAGACCACUAGAAAAAGAGAACCAGAGGUCCUUGAGAUCUUUAGAAGAAGAGGACCAGGAAACAAUGAAGCCUCUAGAAAAAGAGAACCAAGAACCAGUGAAGUCUCUAGAAGAUGAGAACCAGGAGACAUUGAGACCUCUAGAAAAAGAGAACCAGAGGUCUCUAGAAGAAGACGACGACCAGGAGACAACGAGGCCUCUAGAAAAAGAGAGCCAGGAGCCAGUGGAGUCUUUAGAAGAAGACCAGGCAACACCGAGACUUCUAGAAAAGGUGAAACUAGAGCCACUAAAGUCUCUUGGAAAAGACCAGGAGAUAUUUCGACCUCUUGAAAAAGAGAAUCAACAGUUAUUAAGAUUCCUAGAAGAAGAGAGUGCAGAGGUGAUGAGAUCUCCGGAAACAGAGCAUUUAGAAUCACUGCAGUCAGCAAGAGAAGACUUGGGAAUAUUGCAGUCUCUAGGCACUCAAGAGCCCCUGUGGUCUCCAGGAGAAGUGAAUCAGGAGACAUUGAGGCUCCUAGAACAGGAGAACCAGGAGUCCGGGAGAUCUCCAGGAGAGUGGGGCCUAGAAAAUUCGAGACCUCCAGAAGGGAGAGGUCAGGAAAGUCAAAGGUGCCUGAUGGAGGAAGAGACCCCGGGGCAGAUGAGGAAUCAGGAGUCCCCGGGGUCUUUGAAAGAGGAAAGGCAGGAGUCCCCGCUGUCUGCCCGACACCAGGGGAGGGAAGAGAGAGUGGCGGACCAGGAACUGGGUCAGGAAACGCCCCCCGGCGGGGCCGCAGGGGGCAAGGAAGCCGAGGCAGAGCUGGACGUGAGGGAGUGGGGUGGCCUCCCCGGCAAGUCCGCGGGGCACGGAGAGCUGCAGCUGGCGGCCGCAAGGGAGGUCUGGAGCGCAGGGGAGGGGCGCCCAGGGGGCCCUGAGCCCGAGGAGCAGAGGGUCCCGGUUGAGGGAGCCGGGGGGGAGGGAGACCCCGAGGGCUUCCAGGACCCUGAAGGGCAGCCAGAGCAAGCGGGGGGCCCGGGCCUCCGAGCUCCCCAGGGAAUGUCGGAGGGGAGAGACCUGGUGUUGGAAGGUGGAGAGGAGGCCCCAAGGGGUGGCCAGGUCUCAGAGGUCGCCUCAACGGCUGUGGGUGAGGCUGCUUUGGGCAGCCAGCAGGGACCAGAGCGCGAGGUGGUGGUGCCACCCGUGGGUGAGGAAGGUUUGGAGGCAGAGAGGAGGCAGGGCUUGGAAGAACCCCAGAAGGACCCAGAGGAGGCAGCUGCUCUGAAACCAGAGCUUUCCAGCCCGGCUGGGAGGAGCACAGACCCCCCGGAGCCUCCCAGGGGCUGGGAGGAGUCGGAGCCCGAGGCCCCCUGGGGGGCAGAGGGGGCGUUCCCUGCCGAGACCCUGGGCCGCGCUCUCAGCGGAAGUAGUGCCCCUCAGCCCGGGCCCCAGGGGCCCGAGGACGCAGGGGAAGAGGCAGUGUUCGAGCCAGCGUCGCCGCCCAAGCCGUCGGAGCCCCGGUCGCCCACCCCAAUCCCUGGAGAUGCCCCUGGGCCCCAGCCCCUGGCCGCGGGGAGCCAGGAGGCUGGCUGGGGGCUGGAGGGCCGAGCGGAGGCUCUGGGAGGGGUGGAGGGGGAGCCAGAGGAGCUGGGUUCUGAGGGGAGCCCCGAGGAUCUCCAGGAGGAGGGGGAGGAGAACCGAGAGGACAGCGAGGCUGAUGAGCUUGGGGAGACUCUUCCUGACUCCACUCCCCUGGGCCUCUAUCUCAGGUCCCCCGCCUCCCCCAAGUGGGACCUGCUUGGGGAGCAGAGGCCCCCCCCUCAAGGGGAGACCAGAAAGGAAGGCUGGGAUCCUUCUGUGCUGGCCUCUGAAGAGUGUGGGGCCCAGCCAGGGGAAGAGGAGGAGGGGGAGGAGGGGAGGAGGGAGGAGGAAUGCGGUCAGGACUCUGACUUGUCGGAGGAAUUUGAGGAUCUGGAGGCUGAGGGUUCUCUCCUUCCUGGGGUCCCCGGGGAGGCUGUGGAGCCUCCAGGCCAGAGGCCUCAGAUGCUGCUGGAGCCUGCAGCCUGGGAAGGGGAUGGGGAGUCUGAUGGGUUUGCAGAUGAGGAAGAGAGUGGGGAGGAGGGCGAGGAAGACAAAGAGGAAGAAGAGGGGAGGGAGCCAGGGGCUGGCCUGUGGGGCCCAGGGCCCUCCGUCAGCACCCUCCGCGCUCUGAGUGGCCCUCAGAGAGGGACCCUCCCGGGCUCUGAGACCGUGGAUGUCAGCGUUCCCUGGGACGACAGCUCGCGAGGCAUAGCAGCCGAUGCCGGUGAGGAGUCCCAGGACAGCACCGAGCCCGAGCCCUCGGGCUCAGAGGAAGAGUCUGACCCUGCUCCCUUGGAGAGGGAGGACCCAGUCCCUGGCCCUCUGGAGAGCCACUGUGGGAUGGGAGACGCGGGCCUGGGGGUAGGGGGCAGCCUUGGGGUCAAUGGCCGGGUCCCCAGCUUGAAGGAGGAGUUAGAGCAUGUGAAUGGGGGUGUGGUAAAUGGGCUGGAGCAGUCAGAGGGAGGAGGGCAGGGAGAGCCAGGGGGCCCCUUGGAGGACGAGGAGGAGGGGGGUGCCCUGAAGACUCCUUGGGCAGGACCUUCUCUUCACCUGGGCCCAGGCCAGUUCCUGAAGUUCGGUCAGAGGGAAGGAGACGUGGAGUCUUGGUCCUCGGGCGAGGACUAGAGCGAGACCCCUCUCCCCUCACUGAGGACUUGGUGGGGUGGGGGUGGGGGCCCCGAGCCGCCUCCCUGCUCAGAGGCAGCACCCUUAAGUUAUGAUCUCUUGACCUGUGUUUUCUGUCCCGGAGGCCUGACUUGCCAGGGCGAAACAAGGGGUGGCACAGGGAGACGCUCCAAGAACAGAGGCCCCCAGACCCUGCGAAGGGGCCACCCCGCCGGCACUGUCCCUCCAGGCUUAAGCCAGCUGAACCGCUGUAGGACUAGGCCCUUUCCUGACGCCCCCUUUCUCCCCCUCCUGCCAGUGGGGGAGGGCUCCUCCCAGCAGAGGGGGCUGUGGCAACCUUCACCGUGAUGUCCCCCUCAUCGCACCUUCUUGGGGUGUCUGGCCACCCGUGAGGGUGUGUUCCCAUGUCCUGACCCCCUGUGUUCCUGCCCCCUCGUGUCUGGCUCAUCCCUGCCUGAAUAAAGUCACGCUUCCACCUA